AUGGCGAUUCAAUUGCAGUUGUAUUCGGGAAAUCUUGAAUUUCCUUUAAACGGCGAUCAAGAUUUUAUGGAGAAUUCUUGUGGAUCGAAUCAAUUCUUUUUGAAUACUCAACAACAACAAUUCAUGCAGUUGCAAAAUUUAUCCCAGAAAAAUCAGAAUUUUUUGCUUGACAGUUCUUUUUCUGGUAGUCUUGUCAACGAGAUUGAGAAACAGAGGCUGGAGAUUGAUCAGUUUGUAACUUUACAGAAUCGCAGAUUGAGAUUGGAUUUGCAAGAGCUGAGAAAGCAACAAAUGUCUUAUUUCUUGAAAAAAUCUGAAUUAAAUAUGCAAUUUUUACUCAAACAAAAGGAUGAAGAAAUCGCGAGAGCGGUGAACAGAGCAAUGGAGCUUGAAAAUUUUGUGAAAAGAAUGGUGAUUGAGAAUCAAAUGUGGCAAAGAGUAGCCAAGGAUAACGAAGCAAUGGUCAUGUCAUUGAAGAAUACAAUUGAACAUCUGAGAGAGAGUCCUAACGUGGCUGAAGAUGCAGAAUCACGCUGCGACAUAAUUGAAUACGUAGAAGAAAACGGAGAACAGAAAAUGAGUAAUAUGGUUUGUCAAAGCUGCAAUUCUCGUAAUUCUAGUGUAAUUAUACUGCCCUGUAGGCACCUUUGUUCAUGCAAAGAUUGUGACUCUUUUCUCAAAUCUUGCCCUGUCUGUAAAACGGCGAAGAAAGCUAGCAUAGAGGCAAUGUUUUGA